AUGUCCAACGAUCGUCGUCUCAAAAACCUAAGGACCCGGCACAGAAGUUUGCUGGCAUCCUUCUCUAACAUCCGGGCAUUCGUUGAAACCUACGACGAAGAACAACACGAAUGCCAAGUUGCUGGUCGUCUGGAGCACCUGGUGUCGCUUUGGAAUGAUUUCAACGGAGUGCAAGCGGAGUUAGAAACUCUAGAUGAAGCUGAGAUCGACAACCAUUUGAAGCAACGCAUCGAGUUCGAAUCUUCCUUUUUCGAAGUGAAGGGAUUCUUAUUAUCGAAAAAUAAACAUACUCCGUCGUCGCCAGCAUCGUCAUCCUCUCAUUCUGCGCCUCAUAGCCCUGCUUGGUCGUCACACGUAAGACUACCCGACGUGAAACUUCCGGUCUUCAGCGGUAGCAUCGACAGUUGGCUCAAUUUUCAUGACUUGUUCGUCUCGCUGGUCCACUCUUCUCACGAACUGUCUAAUAUACAAAAAUUCUAUUACCUCCGCUCUUCGCUAAGUGGAGAAGCCUUGAAGCUGAUCCAAACAAUCAACAUCAGCGCAAACAACUACAUCGUCGCUUGGACCCUUUUGGUUGAGCACUAUCAGAAGCCUGCACGGUUGAAGCAAUCGUAUGUGGAUUCCUUGUUCGAGUUUUCUACUUUGAAGCGUGAAUCAUCUACGGAACUGCGUUUUCUUGUCGAAAGGUUUGAAGCAAAUGUGAAAGUCCUUAAGCAACUGGGGGAGAAAACGCAAUUUUGGGACAUCCUUUUGAUAAGAAUGCUUAGCAUCAGACUCGACCCGACUACGAGACGUGACUGGGAAGAACACUCAUCGACUCUAUCGACAGUUACUUUCCACGACCUCACUGAAUUCAUCCAGCGACGUGCCAGUGUCCUUGAAGCCCUUUCGAAAAACGUAGAACCAGUAUCGAACAAUGUCGUCAAGAAACCUCCUACGCGCGUGAUCGCCAGCCAUGGAGCAAAUCAAUCCAAUUUCCGAAAGUGUGUAGUUUGUUCCGACCACCAUCCGCUAUAUUUAUGCUCGACCUUUUCAAAGUUUAGUCUCGAAGAGAAGGAGAGGGAAGUCCGCCAACAUCAGCUGUGUCGAAACUGUCUCAGAAAGGGCCACCAGGUUAAGGAUUGUUCUUCAACAAGUGCCUGCAGAUACUGCCGAAACCGUCACCACUCGCAACUUUGUUCUACUGGAAUCUCCAAGACUUCCGACACAACGAAGCAACGACAACCAACUACUUCUUCGAACCCACCGCCGUCAGUGUCACUCCCUGCUGCUUCAACCGAGGCUCCAUGUUUCACAACAUCCAAAAACAACCGCAAAACUAUUCUCCUGGCAACUGCAUUACUCACCCUCGUCGAUGACAACGGAACAGAGCACCUGAUCAAGGUCCAUCGCCAAAAGCUGAACUGUCCCAUCGUCGGAAUCGGCCAGUCCACAACGCAAGCUCGCUUCAAAAUUCGUUCUUCUAUUCGCUCCCGUGUGUGCCAGUACUCCGCCACAUUAGACUUUCUUGUGUUGCCAAAGGUUACUGUAGAUCUCCCAUCAACCGAAAUAAACGCAUCAUCGUUGAAGAUUCCACCUGGAAUAGAGCUAGCCGAUCCGUCCUUCCACAAAACCAGUCGAAUCGAUAUGAUUUUAGGCGCAGAAAUCUUUUUUGAGCUGUUCGAAACCUCCGGAAGAAUCAAUCUUGGUGAUGGCCAACCAACGCUCAUCAAUUCUGUCUUCGGCUGGGUUGUCUCGGGUGAGUGCGAACAACUUUCACCAACCCGACCAAUUGUGGCAAAUCUUGCAACGUUCAGUGAUCUCAACAAUCUCAUGGAGCGGUUUUGGUCAAUUGAAGACGACAGCUCCUCGCCAAGCUACUCCGUCGAAGAAGCAGCUUGCGAAACUCACUUUCAGCAGAACGUCAGGCGCACUCCAGAAGGCCGAUACUGCGUCCGUUUACCCGUCAAGAAUAACGUCCUCGAUAAUCUCAGCGACAAUCGCCGAACUGCUCUGCGACGCUUCCACAUGCUCGAGAACAAGCUCAACCGCGACGAGGGUCUUAAGCAGCAAUACGACAGCUUCAUGAAGGAGUACGAAUCACUGGGCCACAUGCAGAAGGUAUUCGACUACGAGCAACCACCUACACCUUGCUAUCAUUUACCCCAUCACGCUGUUAUCCGUGAAGACAGCACCACGACGAAAGUACGCGUUGUCUUUGACGCAUCAUGCAAAACUCCCAGUGGCCCUUCCCUAAACAACGCUCUAAUGGUCGGACCCAUCGUACAGCAAGACCUACGCUCUAUUAUCAUGCGCUCCAGAAUCCGGCCGAUCAUGCUGCUAGCUGACAUCAAGCAGAUGUACAGACAAAUUCUCGUCGACGAAGGUGACACCCCCUUGCAGCGAAUAGUGUGGCGAACCUCACCCGAGGCACCAAUGCAGACCUACGAACUGAAGACCGUGACGUAUGGGACAGCGAGCGCUCCCUACUUGGCUACAAGAGUACUGCAACAGCUGGCAGAGGAUGAACAUGAUAGGUUCCCCCUAGCAGCGAAAGUUCUCAGAAGGGACUUCUACGUCGACGAUCUUUUCUCUGGGGCCGAUUCUAUCCAAGACGCCAUCAAUCUCCAAAACCAGCUUGACCAGUUACUUCGCAAGGGAUGCCUCGAGCUUCGCAAAUGGGCUUCCAACGUAGCUGCUGUUCUUAAGGAUGUCUCUCCAGAAAACCGGGCGGUCCAAUCUUCUGUAGAUCUCGACCGAGAUCAGUGCCUGAAAACGCUUGGCUUACACUGGGAGCCAGCACCGGAUCACCUACGCUACCGAAUCAACCUCCCCGAGUCUCCACCGGAACAACCGUUGACCAAACGCAUCGCACUUUCACAUAUUGCUCGCCUUUUCGAUCCCCUCGGACUGCUGGGUCCAGUAGUCACUUCCGCCAAGCUUUUUAUGCAAGCCCUGUGGGGCUUGAAAAACGACGACGGUAGAUGCUGGGACUGGGACCAAGAACUUCCGUCUGCGGCCACAUCAUUUUGGAAAUCGUACCACUCCCAACUUAUCCUACUUAACGAACUUCGAAUAGAACGUUGCAUUUUGCAUUCAAAUCCAACCUCAGUGCAACUUCAUAUCUUCUCCGACGCUUCUGAGCGUGCAUACGGCGCAUGCGCUUAUGUUCGUUCCACCGAUUCUUCAGACCUCGUAAAAGUUGCACUUCUAACAGCUCGAUCAAAAGUCGCACCCCUGUAUCGUCAAAGUAUCCCACGUCUCGAGCUCUGUGGUGCACUUAUUGCCGCCGAACUUUACAAGAAAGUCAUGCUAUCGCUUCAGCUUCAACCAGAAACCUUCUUUUGGGUCGAUUCAACGACGGUCCUCCACUGGCUCAAAUCUGCUCCAUCAUCCUGGGUGACCUUCGUAGCGAACCGGGUGUCGAAGAUACAACUCGCCACCGAGAAUUGCUCCUGGAACCACGUUCCAGGAUAUGAAAACCCAGCAGACCUUCUAUCACGCGGCACGACAGCUGAAACUCUCCUCCAGUCCGACCUGUGGUGGCAUGGGCCUGAUUGGUUAAAAUGCGGCGCAGAUAAAUGGCCAACUCAACAACACAUCAGCCAAUACAAUUCUGAAGUCCUCCAAGAAGCACGAAAAACACCAAUAUCUGUCAUCACUGCAACUUCUACGGAGUCCUUCAUCAACGAUCUUACUGAGCGGUUUUCCUCAUUUCGCCGAAUGGUAAACACCAUCGCUUACUGUGGGCGAUUAAAACUCAAGAAAGCCGAUCGUCCUAGCAGCACAAUACUGUCUUGUGAGGAAACCGAAGCAUCCGAAAACGCACUCAUCUCACUUGUCCAACAGCAGGAGUUCAGCAGCGAAUGGUCAAAUCUACAACAAGGCAAACCUGUCCCAACAAAGUCCCGCCUCAAAUGGUUCCAUCCGUUUCUGUCUGAAUCUCGAGUCAUUCGGAUUGGGGGCAGGCUCAGUCAUGCAACGUUACCCUACAACACCAGACAUCAAAUCCUGCUACCAGGCACACACCGUUUUUCCCAGCUCCUAGUUCAACAUCACCACGCGAAACAUCUACACGCUGCACCGCAGCUUCUCAUCAGCUUGCUUCGAACCCAGUAUUGGAUAAUAGGGGCCAGGGACUUAGCGAAGCGUGUCGUACAUGCCUGCGUGAUUUGCUUCAGAGCCCGUCCAAAACAACUAGAGCAGUUCAUGGGGGAUUUACCAGCCAAUCGUGUGAACAUGGCCCGUCCGUUUGCGAUCACCGGCAUCGAUUAUUGGGGACCCAUCCAGAUCCAACCAUCUCAUCGUCGUGCUGCUCCUAGGAAAGUCUAUGUGGCAGUCUUCGUAUGCUUCUGUACGAAAGCUGUCCACAUUGAACUUGUCUCUGACCUCACCGCUGCCAAGUUCAUACAAGCUUUACAGCGGUUCGUCUCUCGUCGUGGGUUGUGCUCUGAAAUUUACAGUGACAACGGUCGUAAUUUCGUCGGAGCUGCUAACGAAUUACGGCAAAUAGUUCGCAGCAAGGAGCACCAAAAAGCGCUGGCGGAGGAAUGCACCAACAACGGUAUUAGGUGGCACUUUAACCCACCUAAGGCUUCGCACUUUGGUGGUCUAUGGGAGGCCGCAAUCGCUUCAGCUCAAAAACACUUUCUUCGUGUCAUUGGAAAUCACACUCUGCCGUAUGACGAAAUGGAAACUCUUUUAGCGCAAAUUGAGAGUUGCCUAAAUUCCCGACCGAUAUCAUCAUUAAGUGAUGAUCCAUCCGACUUCGAUCCUCUGACACCGGGGCACUUUUUAGUUGGUGGCGCCUUAAAAGCAGUUCCUCAAUUAGAGCUGUCCUCCAUUCCCUACAAUCGGCUCAACAAUUGGCAUCGCACACAAAAGCUCCUACAGGACAUUUGGAAGCGCUGGCAACUUGAGUACGUGUCAACUCUCCAACAGCGUUCGAAAUGGUACAAGCCGCCCGUCAUCAUCCAAAAAGGUUGCCUGGCACUUCUUAAGGAUGAAAACACACCGCCGAUGAGCUGGAAGCUGGCUCGAAUCACCGAUCUGCAUCCCGGACCAGACGGAAUAACGAGAGUCGUAUCACUUCGCACAUCCAACAGCAUCUUUACUCGACCGGUGGCAAAAAUCUGCUUGCUACCUAUAGAACCACCAUCAGCUGGAACAACUUCUCCGCCAACUAGCAACGAAACUCCUGAUUCUCCGAUGAAAGGCAGCAACUAA